CAGGGGCUCCCCGGCAGGGAAACAGAGGCAGGGCGGGCAGCGGAGAGCCGGCGCGCACCGCAACAGGCAGGGCAAGAAGUUUUCUUCUCCGUACUUUUGCGAAGGGAAACCGUCGGAGAAGCCUCGCGCUCUGGUUCCCUAGAACCAAAUGGACCAGGAGAAAAAAAAACCUGUCAGGCAGGCAAAAAAGAAAAUUAAAAAAAAAUCUGCUCCUCUGAACCGAAACGACCCGCUUUUUCUCUUUGAGGCGCCCAGAACGAAGGGGGGUAAACACCCGGCUUGUCCAGCCCUGCUUUGAUCUCAGCGAGGUAUCGAGCGGAAGGUGGGGGCUCCGUUAGGAUGUAGGUGCGCGGCCAGCUCCUCUCCUUUUCCAGGGGAACCCUGCCCUUUCUGCCCCUCUUUCCCUUCCCUUCCCUUCUCCCCUCCCUCCUUCUUUUCCUUCCUCCCUUUUCCUCCUCCUCCUCCCCCCUCCACCCCUCCCCUUUCCUUUCCUUCCUUUCCCUUUCUCUGGGGCUGCUAGCGAAAGUGCUCUGCACCCAUUAAGAGAAAGCUGAUCCGCCGAGCGCCUGGCCUGCUCGUUUACUCUCGUGUGCAGACGGAGGGACAGAAAAGACAGCCAAAGCACCCAGAUCCAUCCAGAAUUUCUGCACCAUCCAAAUAUUUCUGGUUGCCUUCCAUAAUUUCAUGAGAACGAAUUGUGUAGAAAUUUGAGGUGGAUCCCGAAGCCCGUCCUGCAGGGAUUAUCCAAAGUCCUCCCCUUCCCUUCUCUUCUCUCCUCACCCCACAAACAGGCUGCCCCGUGGUCUUCUCAGCCACUAUGCUCAAUUCAGACCAGACCGAGAUUGACCUCCAGCCCACCCAUUCGGAAACAGAGUCGGUCUUCAGUGACUGUGGGGGAGGCCGGGGUGGACCUGUAGAAGAUGCUGGUUCUCUCAGUCUAUGUGGCCAGUCCCGGGGGGCCGAGUCCAGCGAUCACAUGAAGAAGGACCUUCAGCAUCUCAGCCGUGAGGAACGACGGCGUCGACGGCGAGCCACGGCUAAAUAUCGGACGGCCCACGCCACGCGGGAGAGGAUCCGCGUUGAGGCCUUCAACAUGGCCUUUGCUGAGCUCCGCAAGCUUUUGCCCACCCUCCCUCCAGAUAAGAAGCUGUCCAAAAUUGAGAUUUUGCGACUGGCCAUCUGCUACAUCUCGUAUCUGAACCACGUCCUGGAUGUCUGAGUCUCAGGCGCCGUGGGGGCUACGCCUGCCAGUAUGACCCACGUUUUCAAGAAUAAAUCAUGAAUGUUCUCUCUGGCUUUUUGGUCUACACACAAACAUCUAGGAGAAUCUGGUGCUGGCUCUCUCUUCGGUCAUUUCUGCCUUCCUGCUCUUACUAAAUGGAGAUUCUCAUACGUGCUGGAGUGAUCCUAACUCAACCAUAGACCUUCUCCACCUUCCCUCUAAUUGAGAAGAAGCUGCCCAGAAUUCUCCAGUUCCAUCAUGAGCUUGAAGGAGACAAGGACUUUGGUUACCCUUCGUCUCAGAAAUCUGUACUCAAGAACCUCACAUUGUCAAGGUGCUUGGUUGGGAAGCAUCUCCCGAUGGGUCCUACACGUUUGGAAUUCUGAUUGCUUUCCAUCUCCAGUGUGUUGAAACGCAGUUUAAAUGACCUUCUCUCAUUGUGUGCAUCCCUUUAAUACUUGAACAUAAUAAUGUGGAAAUUAGCAAGGGGGAAAAAAAGUCCGGAAUUCUAAAGAGAAGCUUCCUUCAUCUCCAAGAUCAACAUUUCCCAACCUUGCUCACUUGAAGAUGGGUCGACUUCAAUUCCUUGAAUUCCCAGAAUUCUGGGAAUUGAAAAUUCCCCCAUCUUCAAGUAAGCAGGGUUGGGAAACACUGUCCCUAGACCAGUGGUUCUCAACCUUUUCAAUGCCGCGACCCCCAACCGGUCAUAAGUCGGGGACUUCUCAACCGGUCGUAAGUCGAGGUCUAC